UGCAUUUUACCUCACCCAUUGAAACUAAGAAGAGAAACCCUAACUUCGGAAAGCGGUAUAUAAAUGGUUGAGCAUCCUCAUCUCGGCUAGGGUUUUUGAGGCAGGAACAAGCAAUCGCUUAGGGUUUCCGAGCUUGCCCCACAAGAAACAAAAAGAAAAUGUCGGGAAGGAAGAAAACUCGGGAGGUUAAGGAGGAAAAUGUGACACUAGGACCCACUGUUCGAGAGGGUGAACAUGUGUUUGGAGUGGCUCAUAUCUUUGCCUCCUUCAAUGACACUUUUGUGCAUGUAACAGAUUUGUCCGGAAGGGAAACCCUUGUUAGAAUUACAGGUGGUAUGAAAGUGAAGGCUGAUAGAGAUGAGUCUUCUCCUUAUGCUGCCAUGCUUGCAGCUCAAGAUGUUGCUCAACGGUGCAAGGAGCUUGGCAUUACUGCUCUUCACAUCAAACUGAGAGCAACAGGAGGAAAUAAAACCAGGACUCCUGGACCUGGUGCACAAUCAGCUCUGCGUGCUUUGGCUCGGUCAGGAAUGAGAAUUGGCCGCAUAGAGGAUGUGACUCCCAUUCCCACUGAUAGCACCAGAAGAAAGGGAGGACGAAGAGGAAGAAGACUCUGAAAGGUCUUAUACAGAUGUGUUGAAAUGGAAGGCCGUGGGGUUUUCGUUAGCUUGUCUGUCGAUCCCCUCCAAAUUUUUUCUCCCAUUCUCAGUUGCAUUUUACGUGACUGUUUCAAGUGAAAACAAUCAGUGUGUUCUUCGAGGAAGCCUUUUUGAUAAUUUUGUGGUAGUCAUGUAUAACCUGUUAAACUUAGCAAAGACCGUUGUGAGUUAGCGAUUUGACUUGUUUCUUGUCCUUGCUUAAGACGAUCUAAAGUGCAGAACACGUAUCACGGAAUCAGGUUGCCUCGCCCGGCGGCCUUAUUGUGUUUAAUGCGUGCCUGAAUUUUUUA